AUGCCCAAGCGAUGCCUGGUGCGAUUCGUGCGCCAUGGAUUGGUAUGUUCUGCCGCCUUGUUGAGCGGUUUUGUUUUCGGGCCAGGCGCCAUUGCGCAGGUGGCAGUGGGAGACGGUGGAACGCCGAGCUACAGCCAAGCCAUUGCUGUGCCGCCUGGCGUCGGGGGCAUGGCGCCAAAACUCAGCCUGCUUUACGCUGGUGGUGGGGUGAACGGUCCCGUCGGGCACGGUUGGAGUGUUCAGGGCUUGUCCGUGAUCACGCGGUGCGCGGCCACUCUUGCGCAAGACGGCAAGACUGUCGGCGUUGCCUAUGUGGCAAGUGACAAGCUGUGCCUUGACGGGCAGCGACUGAUUCAGACCGAUGAGUCCGGGAACGCCGCGCCCAGCGGCGGCAACAACGCGGUGGGCGUGCCCGUCACAACCCAGCUCAACGAUGCGCAAGGCGUGGGUGCCAAUGUCUAUCGGGAAUUCCGUACAGAGAAGGACAUGUACGCGCGCAUCCGCGCGUACGGUUACGCCAACGGCGAUUCCACGGGUGCGAGCGGCCCGGCCUACUUCAAGGUGUGGACCAAAGCGGGGCAGAUCUACGAGUACGGCGAUGCGUCGGGUAGCCCGAGUGCAACAUCGGCCUUGAUCGCUCCACCGGGGAAGGCACCCAUGGCCUGGGCCGUGGCGCGCAUCAGCGACACACUGGGCAAUGCUGUUGACUUCAAGUACGAGCAAAGGGAUGUCCCAUGGGGGAGUGGGCCGUCAGCUGGAUCGCCUACCGUUGGCCACGAAUGGAACAUCCGAGAGGUUCAGUACAGCAACAACAAGGUCGUCUUCAACUACGACCUGGAUGCGCAAGGCAUCGACGCGCGUACUGACAAGUCGGAGGCCUAUCAGCAAGGCCGCAAGAACGUCAGCUUGCGCCGCCUCAAGUCGAUCACGACCUACGUGAAUAGUCCUGCCACAGCACUGGGCGCCAACGGCGGCACGGCAGUCCGCACGACACAGUUGACCUAUGAACCCGGCCCGGUGACCGGACGCAUUGUGUGGUCAAGAUCCAAGACUGCGCCGGUGGACCGAGCAGCACACGGUGCCUGCCUGCCACAAACUUCGCCUACACCCCUGGCACCAGAUCUGCUCGGCGACGGCACAUAUGGUGUGUUGACGGGUGACUUCGACGGAGACGGCAAAACCGACAUCCUUUACUGGUCGGACACGCCGUCCAACAACAAGCUCUAUCUCAGCAAUGGAGACGGCAGCUUCUACACGUCGUCGGCUUUCAACAUCAAAACGGUCAACCUCUUCAAGAGCGAUGGCUGCUACUACACGAUUGCUGCUGACUUCAAUGGAGACGGCAUCACCGAUUUGCUACGGGUGAUGCGGGCCACAUCCACCAGCAACAGCAACGUCUCGUGCGGCACUCCGCUCACGCAUUACCUGUAUCUGGGCAAGCCCGAUGGCAGCUUCACCAGCGUCAGCUUGCCCAGCGGCAUUGACUUCACGCAGAUCACGGCUAAGAAGACGCGCCAGUUCAACUGCUUGAGUCCGGCCUCGACCACCUACAACCCGAACUGCACUGAGGCGGGAACGACCUACCUGGGCACUGACCAGACGCCGGGUGCCAACUUCCACCUGAUCGAUGUGAACGGUGAUGGCUACCUGGACAUCGUGACCACGCAGUUGCCUGGCUACAGCCGGACGAUGACGAUUCCGAGCGAAGCCACGCAGUGCGCGAGCGUCAUCUGCACGCGCGUGUAUCUUGGCAGCGCGUCGGGCGUCUUCACCGAAUUGACGACGACCAACCUGGCACACCACAACGUCUACGGCGCCCCUUCGCGGGGCUUCUACGAAUACUUCCGCAAGCCCUAUGUGCUCGACGUCAACGGCGAUGGCCUGGCCGAUCUCUUGGUUGGCACAGGCCUGUGGACGUCCCAAGGUAACGGGGACUUCAUCGCUCCGUCGGUUGAUGCCACUCAGGCUGGAUGUGCCACUGCCAUCGACUUCAAUGGUGAUGGUCGCGGCGACUGUCUGUACGGCUCAUCGGUGCCGAGCGCUCAGAGCCUCUUUGUCGGGGACGGCACUCUCAAUCCCUCUGCCACUGCCAGUUUCAAUCUGACGGGUCCCGGGCAGGAGUUGCUUGUCAUCAACACCAAUUUUCCGUUCUCUCAGACUGCCGGCACGAUCAUCGCCGACUUCAAUGGCGAUGGCCGGCAAGACAUUCUUCGCUGGAAGGAUGAUGCAACGCAGAACGCCCUGUACCUGAGCAACGGGGAUGGCAGUUUCACCACGGUUGCCAACUUCAGUUUGGCAGGUGUCCAGCUGCAGAACAGCAAUGGCACGGCGACCGUGUUGCUCGGCGACUUCACGGGCCGCGGCUCCAUGGAGAUCCUGCGGCUGCAAACGGUGGGCGGAUCAGCCACUAACCGCCUCUACGUCAAGGGCGACCCAGCACCGCCCGAUCUGCUGGUCAGUGUCACGGGCCCCUCCGGGCUGAAAUCCAAGCUGUAUUACGUCCCGCUGAGCAACUCGACAGUGGCCAGAGCGGUUCCUUCCAGCUCCGCGAGUGACAUCAACCUUGGCCUUCGGUAUCAGAGCGAUCUGGGUAAACCGGCGUAUGCCGUGGCCGACGCCGCUGAUCUGAGCUUGCCGAUGUACGUCGUGGCCACACAGGUGGACGACACCGGGGUGGGCAGCAGCACUGUGACGACGGAGAUGAGCUAUCGAGGCCUGAAGGCCGACCGCAGAGGCCGCGGCAUGCUGGGCUUUCGCGAAGUCCUUCGCCAGCGUAGUGGUGCGGACGGCACGCCGUUGACGGUGGACACGACCUACGUACAGACGUAUCCCUACACCGGCGUCGCAGCCACGACCUCGACACACCGGAGCAAACUCAACGCUACCUCUGCGUCGACCUUGCUCAGCAGCACUAGCAACACCUACUGCGAUCAGGGCAAUGCCGCGGCUGCCUCCGCGAGCUCCAACUGCGCUGUGAACAGCAAGAUAGCGCGGCCGUAUCUCUAUCAGAGCACCGAGGGAGGUCAGGAUCUGGCGGGCGUGGCCUUGCCGACCGUGGUCACCCAGAACGUCUUCAACGGGACAGGUGAUCCGGCCACGAUCAGUGUCACGACGACCGGCACCACGGCUGGCGUUGCACAGACCUUCACCAAAUCGGUGAGCAACACCUAUUUCGCAGACAACACCAGCUGCACCAACUACCAAACCUGCUACUGGAUCCUCGGUCGCUUGAACCAGGCCACGGUCACGAACACCGUUCCGAACAGCUUGGCAAGCAUCCCAAGCAGCGCCGGCACCGGCACGUUCGCAACCGCGACCUCGGGCUCGGGGCCGGCUGUCAGCAGCCCGCUGAACUUGGUGCUCAGCAACUGUUCCAGUACCACGCCGACCCUCAGCCCCGCCUCUGCUUCGUACCAGUGCCAACUUGGCAAUAGCGGCACCACCAAUGCCUCCAACCUGACGUACGCCACGAGCUCGGCAGCCCUGGUCGUCAACGGACCGGCCAGCUGUGCGGCCAACACUACAAACUGCGGCACGGUCACGAUGCGCACAUCGGCUGUCGCUGGUGCCUACACGGGCUACUUCACGGUUUCCAGCGCCGGUGCCACGACCACCAGCACCACCGUGCCCUUGACCGUCACCGCGCCUAACGGGCUGGGUGUGAGCGCCGCGAGCUUCAGUCCUGCGAGCGUCGUGGCUGGCACCAGCAGCAACUUCAACUGGAGCACGACCAAUGCCACGUCGGCCAGCGUGAGCUGUGCAGGCACCGGUGUGACGGUGACCGGCAACGCCACUACAACUGCGGGCAACAUCACGGUCGGCACCACAGUGGCCACAACGGCCGCCAGUUGCACCGUGAUCGCCACAGGUGCUAGCGGCGCCAUGGUCAGCGGUAGCGCCGACCUCGCGAUAACGCCCGCCGGUAGCGUGGGUGUGACUUCAGCCAGCUUCAGCCCCACCAGCGUCAAUGCCGGCAGCAGCAGUAGCUUCAGCUGGACUACCGCCAACGCCGCCUCGGCGACCGUGAGCUGUUCGGGCGCAGGCGCAAACGCCACUGGAUCCAAUACGAGCGGCACCAUCACCGUGAACACGACCACGGCCGGCACUGCCACCUGUACGGUCUCGGCUGUCGGCUCGGGCGGUGCCACCGCGAUCGGUUCCGCAGACCUGACGGUGGCCGCUUCGGGUGUGCCAACGAUCGGUACCAGCACGUUCAGCCCUGCCAGUGUUGCUGUCGGCGGCACGUCGACGUUCACGUGGAGCGUGAGCAACGCCACGUCGUCUUCGGCGAUUUGCAAUGGUGCUGUCACCGGGUCGGGCACGGGUACCGCUACCGGCGGCAGCCUCACGUUGACCGCGGGCGCCACGAUUGGCCAGGGCUCUUGCACGGUGACCGCUGUUGGGACUGGCGGUAACGCCACCGGCUCUUUCAACAUUGACGUUGUGCGAGCUCCCACUGUGAGCGGCUUGAUCUUUAGUCCAGCCGUGUCCACAGCCACAGGAAGCGUCCCGAACUUUGCCUGGAACACGAGCUAUGCGACAUCGGCCAAGGUCGUGUGCACCGGUGUGCUUUCCUACAACGCCUCGGUUGCUUUGAACGGGAGCUUGAACCUGCCGGUGAGCGGCCCAGGCACAGGUACGUGCACGGUGACCGCUUCCAACGGCGGCGUCCAGGCAUCGGCUUCCGCGACACACACGGCCUAUGCCGAAUCGAGCGUCACCAGCGCCUCCUUCAAUCCAACCAGCGUGACGCUGGGUGGCAGCAGCACCUUCAGUUGGGCGACGUCCAACGCCAGCUCAGCUUCAGUGAGCUGUUCCGGCGCGGGCGUUACCAACACGAGUUCGAGCCUCAGCGGCAACAUCACGGUCACACCGUCCAGCGCCGGGACAGCCACGUGUACCGUCACGAGCAGCAAUGCUGCAGGCGCAACCUCGACAGGAUCUGCCAGCCUGAGCGCGUCAGUACCGGCACCCACCCUCACGACCAGCCGAAAUCAGCAGUAUGUGACGGCUGGCGUGCCGCAGCAGGGCAUCUUCAGUUGGAAUGCUGCUGGCGGUGCAACGUCUGUGACCGCGUCUUGUACAGGCACAGGCAACCAAUCCAGCACCUACACCGGUUCUUCACUGGUCAACGGCAUGUAUGUGGCCGGCUCCACGGCUGGUGCGACGCUGACUUGCACGGCGACCGCAUCGAAUUCUCAAGGCGGCACGGUAAGCAGUUCGCAGACCUUCGAUAUCGUGGCCGCACCUACGGUUCCAAGUGCAAGCUGGAGUCCCUCAACGAUCAUCGUCGGCGGGCAGUCGACAUUGAGUUGGUCCAGUACGAACGCGGUCAGCAUGGGCAUUUCAUGCUCCGGUGUGAACGGAAGUUGGUCGACGCCCGUCGGGGUGAAUGCACCGUCCGGUAGUUCCACUUUCACGCCCAGCGGCACCGGCGUUCAGGCGUGCAAUCUGACAGCAACGAACGCUGCCGGCAGCCAGGCCACGGGCAGCGCCAGCCUGACCGUCGCCGCAGCGCCCACCGUGAACACGGCGGUGUUCAGCCCGGCCGUGUCGACAGCAACCGGAAGCGUUCCCAACUUCUCUUGGACAACGAGUAACGCAACGUCGGCUUCUGUCGUGUGCACAGGCGUCCUUGCCUAUAACGCCACGGUCCCGGUAAACGGAGCUCUUAACCUCCCUGUCAGCGGCCCGGGUACGGGCACAUGCACCGUCACUGCCUACGGUGCUGGUGGUGCACAGGCAACUCGCAGUGCGACACACACGGCCUAUGCCGCGCCGAGCGUGAGUAGCGCUUCCUUCAGUCCGACGACUGUGGCUGUCGGCGGCAGCAGCACGUUCAUCUGGACGACGGCGAACGCGAGUUCGGCCACUGUGAGCUGCUCUGGGGCCGGGGCAACCGCCACGGGCUCGAGCACCAGCGGCAGCAUCACCGUUGGCACCAGCAGUGCCGGUACUGCGACCUGCACGGUGACGGCCAGCAAUGCCGCUGGGGCGACAGCGUCGCAGUCAGCUAGCCUGCCUGUGUCCGCCGUAGUGAUACAGCGCUUCACAGCUUCCGGCCCUUCUGGGUCCACCUGGACCUUCACCAACCCCAAUGCGUCAGCGCAGGUGGUGACGUCGCUCAGUUUGAGCUUCGGUUCCAUUGGCAACCCGAUGGGCGCGGUGAUCACAGGCGGGACUUGCGCAGUCAAUGGGUCUGUAGCCGCUGGCGGUAACUGUACGGUGAUCGUCGGUGCGCCGACGCCUGACUGCACCGACAACAACUACAGCGUGGCGCCUGUGUUGUCGAUGUCGGCAGGCUCGACGACGGGCUCAUCGCUCAAUCGGUACGCGCCAGCCAACGGUAUCUGCCGGUGA